AUGGACAAUUCAUCCUUCUUUAUCAUAUUCACUCUCACAGAACCAAAAGCAGCAAAGUCAGAUAAACAUAUAUAUUUUGCUCUCUCUCUUAUUUUGUACCUUCUGAUUAUUAUACUCAAUCUGAUUUUGAUAGUGACAAUCCUCCUGGAGAAAUCCCUCCAUGAGCCCAUGUAUAUCUUCCUGUGUAAUCUGUGUAUUAAUGGACUGUUUGGAACAGCUGGUUUUUACCCUAAAUUCCUCUCUAAUUUAUUUUGUGAUAUGUAUGUGAUCUCGUAUGUUGGAUGUUCUCUGCAAGCUUUUGUGAUUUAUUGCUCUGUUAUGUGUGAGUUUACAACAUUAACUGUGAUGUCCUAUGACAGGUAUGUGGCAAUAUGCAAACCGUUAGACUAUCACUCUGUUAUGACAAACAGCACUCUCAUUAUAUUACUCCUGUUUUCCUGGCUUUUCCCUGCUUUCUCUAUGUCUACCUUACUUGUGUUAUCAAACCGGUUGCCAUUAUGUGGAUCCCACAUCGACAAACUCUAUUGUGACAACUGGUCAAUAGUAAAGCUUUCUUGUGAUCCAGUUACAAUUAAUAACAUUUAUGGAUUAAUAAUUAUUCUUAUAUACUUUUGUCUUGUUAUUUUCAUUAUUUCUUCUUACUGCAAAUUGAUUUCUGCUUGCACAAAAUCCAUAGAGAACAAAAACAAAUUUAUGCAUACUUGUUUGCCACAUUUGCUCUCCUUAGUUAAUUUUACAGUUGCUUUAUUUUUUGAUUCAAUGGACACUCGAUAUGGAUCAAAGGAUUUCCCACAAAGUCUACGCAAUUUCAUGAUCUUGGAAUAUUUGAUAAUUCCACCUAUUUUCAACCCUGUUAUCUAUGGAUUAAAAUUGACAGAGGUUCGCAAAAGAGCUCUUAGUGUGUUUAUAAGAGUCAAAGUGACUGACUCUAGUGUAAAAAAGAGGUAG